AUGGGUGAUAAGGCCGAUCGCACCCUAACGUUGCUACAUCUGAGGAAGACGUUCAGCGAGUAUAUGCGAAUACCGUUGACUGGAUCAAGGGAUGUCGAUCCAAACCGCUUGUUGCCUCUAUUUACUAAGGUUAUGGCAAUGUUCACACCCACUGAACUAAGGGUAGAAUUUAAAGAAAUUCUCAAUUUUUCAACGUUUCUUUGCAGCGUAUUAGUAAGAGAAAUCAGACAACGCGCUUCAAGUCAUAGCACUAUUGAAGCGGCAUCUAGUAUCGCUGAAUAUCUCCAACCAUACUCUUCGCAGAAAGGAUGGUUAUUACUGAAUUCGAUCUAUUUUCUCAUGUCAACAGAUGAUGAAGUUAUAAUCAAUUCGGCGUGCAAAGUUUCACUACCCAGUACUUUGGUGAAGACUGUGUACUUGUUUUUCGACUUACCUGUGUGUGAAGAGUUUACAGAACACAGACAGAAGCUUAACGAACUGAUUACAUGCUUAUUGGAUAGACUUUGUUCCUAUAACAGUGUUACUGACGAGUUGGCUAAAAAAGAUGAUCUGAAGUUAAUUUUUCUUGGUACCUCCUCUCCAUUACCUCCGGAGAACUUGCAGUGGCGAAAGACCACGGCCAGAAUGAUGGAAGCACUGUCAUCUAAGAGUCUUACUCCUGCUGUAGUAAAGUAUAUUGUCACGAAAGAAUGUAUUCGUACUUAUGUAUCGAACAUUAAGUCGUCAAAUCUUCAUCCAAAGGAGACAGCAGAGAUGAUUAUUUGUCUGUUAUGUGUUCUGAAAGACUCAUCGAGACAAACAAGUCAACUAAUAGAUGACUUUAGCCAUUCGAAUGGAUACCUUGCCAUCAAAGACUUCAUACUGAGGAAUGAAAAUAACUACGAGAUCGUUCGUAACAUUCUGUUGAUGUUAAUAUCGGUGGUGACGAACGGUCCAAAUGAAAUUAAACCUCAGCAUUCGUCAGGACUUGUUCAACUCCCAACGUUUCAACUGCCAAAUCCAUCUGGAAGUGGCCUUUCUGUUAGGAAUAUUCAAGCGUUUGGUCUGAUUCAUAAAGUCUUCCUAGAGAGCCGUAAUUCCACUGUGUGUGCCACCGCCGUCGACGUUAUUCAUUCCAUAUACACUUGUGACUCGGCGAACUACUUUAUUCUGGAUAAGGAGUAUCCAUUAGCAUUGUUCAUUGAACAGAUGGAUAGGAAAGACGAUAUAGUAAGGGCUAAAAUACUUGAGCUUGUCGAGCACUGCAUAUUCCAUCUGAAUUACAUUCCAUGUAAAGAAUUAAUUGGUCUGUGUGUACAAAUGAAGACCGAACUUGCUUCUGGUCAGCAGGAUAUAUGCAUCGCUACUGUACAAGCUGCGUUUCGCUUGCUAACUGUCGACUCUGUGAUUAAGGACGCGUUUCGUGAAGUCGGUCUCCUUGAUACCCUUUGCUACAUUAUUAACAAUCUGUUUUCUCUUCAUAGACAACGGGAUCUCACAGAUAGCGAGAACAAGCUUGCACUACUGGCCACGGACUUGUUGACUGUUAUUAUUAAAGGAAAUCUUGAGAAUGCACGAAUGUUCUCGGAUUGUUUCGGUGCUCCUACGUUGUUAAGUGUGCUCACUGUAGUUACUGGUGAAUGGCGAAGUAGUAGCUUGCAGCUACUGAAACAACUUCUUCUAUUAGCUUCUACUGACCAGUACAUAGCAGGAGUGAUUCAGGUCAUUAGCCAAGUUGGUCGGCAGCAACAGCUUGAGUUCAACGUCGAUUUAUUAAAGACAGUACUGGUUGUACUUCGUGAGAGUCAUAAAGUUCGGGUGCAAUUCCGGAAGACAGGCGGUUAUCUUUCCCUUAUAUCAAUGCUUCUUGGAUUGGAAGGCGCUUUCUCGGAAGUGGAUGGGACUGCAGGUACAGUGCCAUUCGAAGCAGUUAGACUUCUUGAUUUCAUCCACCUAAUAUUUAAAGUACUGACUAUAAGCAUGAGAUUCGAGCCGUCGAACGCAAAAUAUUUCUCCGUGGAGGGAUCUGAACUGAAAUAUGAGCUGGCCGCUUGUCAUUCCGUGUUUAGAAUGGACGAGGAUAUCCAAUCAGGCAGUUUAUUGAGCUCGCGAGUACAUAUGUUUGUCAGCUCGAUUCCCGAUGGAAUGCCUUCUUCGAUCUUCUUUGCCAGUUACAUCAUUCGUCUUCUGUUUAAUAUGGCUCUGGAUAAUUAUGAGAAAAUGUCUUCGGAUGUAACAUGGACCUCGUCUGAUGGGUCGCUCGAAGACUGUAUCGUCUCCUGGACAUCAUCAGUAUUGGUACAUCCAGGCGCUGUCCAGUCUAUCCUAUCACUCCUACCAUCGAUAUAUUCUGAUGACGUUAAGUGGGUUGUCGGUGCCCAGUACUACAGUACUCUUCUGCUAAAAGCGCUAUUAAAGCCCGAAAGGAAUCAGCAACUUAUGUGCCAAGUGGACAUGCCUCGCCACUUGCUAACUAUUGCUUCCAAACUUUUCCUUUGUGAAAAUCAUAUACUGUUGCAACCAUUUUACUACCUAUUGGAACGGUUAUCUUAUCAGUCUAUGCAACCCAGCCAGUUGAGACACUUUUUGCGACUGGAUUUACCGCUAUGCUGUCGAAAUCUGGAUGAAACGGAUAACGAGGAACCGAUAAGAGCUAACGAAGGUGGACCGGUGCCCUUGCAAAGGGUAAAGGCUUUGGUCUCGAUGAUGACACCACGUGAUCAAAAACUUUCUCAUGCGCCUUCUUUUGUUGAAACCGAUUUGGCCAUGGAGGGAUUUGGUUGCUUGUUUAUACCAUCACUAGCACCCAUAUGGCUAUAUAUUGACGCUUUUUCGGACAAAAAAAUUGACGCUCAUCCCUUGAGGUUGCUCACUGUAACGAGAACUGUCACAUGGCAGGAUGAUCGACGAAAGCUGGGUCCUUGCCAUUUGGCGUGCUUAACGAUUCAAAUCAGUCCUAUGGAUCGAAGUUUGCUUAUUUCUACAGAUGAGCAUGAGAACCCAGGCAGUGAUCUUGAAAAAGAAGCUAAAUUUCCAUCAGAAAAGGCAAUUCGAAUUGCCUUGGCAGAUAUCAUUCGAGCUAUGGAGUGGGUACACAUUUGUGUCGUACUUUCUCGUUCUGUAUUGAAGCCCAGUCAGGCUGCAGUGUAUGUAAACGGACGUAUGGUAUCCACUCAGCGUUUACAGUACAUUGUACAAACAGCUGGCGGUGCCGCCACACAGCUGGCUCAUACGCAUGUGGCAUGUAGAACUUGUGAGCACGCAAGCAUUGUGCUGCGAUUCUAUCGAAGGUAUCGGCUUGGUUCGACAUUUUUAAUCGAAGAACCAUUGUCAGCUGAAGUAAUUCGUAGCAUAUAUGAUCUACAGCCUCAUUAUAUUGGUGCAUUGCAAACCAUUGGGCCAGAUAGAACACCACUCGUUCAGGAGGAAAAAAUCGUGUUUUCUUUGAGUGGGAUGGCAACAAGCGAAAUGACGCUGGCAAAAAUUCGUGCUGUUCAUAACAAAAUGGAUGCGGAGAUCCUGGCCCCAUAUCUUGGGAUUUCUUCCACUGACAAUAGUACUCCGUUGCGCAUUCUUUUAAAUACCGUUGCUCAUGUUCCUGGUUCUGGACGGGCAUUUGGUGCAGCAAUUAUUGGUUAUCUCGGUAUGCGCACUUUCAUUCCUCGCCCUGUACCUCGGUUGCUGGACUCCAUGGGAGGAUACGCGUGUCUUUAUGGCCUUGUCGCUAUGGCCACUGAUUCCGAAGGUCUCUAUGCCAGCUUGAAAGCUGUUGUUUCUGCUGUAAGAUCAAAUAGUAAUUUGCAGGCGAUGUUGCAUGAAAAUAGAGCUUAUCAGACACUAGCGGUGCUGCUUGAGGAUAAGGCGAAUUUAUUGAAUUCACACAUAUUACACAUGGUAUUUAGCAUGGCGGGUACGUUAGACACCUCCAGAGAGAUUGCUACGAUUCCUAAUUCGCAGGCGUUUGAGGAUUUAUUAUGUGAUUUGGAUGUGUGGGCGAAAGCUCCAGAAGAGCAGCACAAAUUGCUUUACGAACACUUUUACGAACUUAUCACCGAUCAUCAGCGAGAAAACCUUACUAUUGUGCGUCGGUCGCCGUUACUUUCUCGCUUACUGUUCACACUCUUCGAUCGUCCGCAUCUGUUGUGGUCAACCAAUGAGAUCGUGUUUAAUCUGUUCUCAGCAAUUGUUCAACCACAAUGCGAUAAUCGGAGCAUGUUGAAACUUGGUCAGGCCAUAGCAGCGACGUUACCGACAACUAUGACAGACCAAAUAGUGCGAGUACUUGGUUUCGACUGGAUCUAUUGCUUGCUUUCGCCCGGUGUGCAUUCGGGAACAGUGUUUCUUGCACUACGGAUUCUUCUUGCGUUGCUAGCGCAUCCACACUUGUUGAUGAAAUUUCGUGAAGGAACGUCAAAUGGCGGGUGGUUAACCGAUGCUGAUUCUGUUGUUCGGAAUCGAGCGGCUGUGGUUUUGGGUUUUUCUGUUUCCGCUCAUGGUGGAGCGGUGGGCAGUAAGAUUGAUAUCAAUCCUGAGCUGCAGAAUUGUGCUGGAUUUGCUGCUUUAGAACAUUUGAUGGCUGUACAUGCAGAUAAGCCGCAUGCCUACAUGGCAAUGCUUGCCGUGCUCGUAGGGCAGCCAGUAAAAGAUCUUCGAUUCUGUGAAAAUUUCAAUGUCGAGCAAAUUUGGACGCAUGUUUUCGGGUUAUCUUUUAACAGCUCAGUAUAUGAAGCUAUUAGAUCAGCAGAAUUUUGCUACGAUGCUCUUGUACCGCUGCUGGCUAUGGUUAGAGCUUGUAUAUACUCUGGAAAUGAGGAAACUAAUGCAACGUCUACUAGAUCAGAAUCUGCGGAUAGAAGUGCAGUUGGAACACCAGAAGUGGAGAAGGUCCAAAGAGUACUCGCAUUUCCAAGUGUGAGAGGGGUUCUUGACUUCAUGAAGAAGUUGUUUUGCGAUGAUUUUCAAGUUGCUGCAGGAGGACGAACUGACAGCUUGUUAGAUGUUAUAACAGAGGUUGGAAUAAAUAUCUCCUACAUGGCUCUUCGGUCCGUGGAUUGUUUAUGGAAUGGCUUGUUGGUAGGUGAUGCGCUAAAACUGCUGCAGCUUUUAUACAGUAUCUAUGGCAUUGCAAGUCGAAAGGAGAAUAAGGUUUAG